AUGGAGGUUCGCACACCUAUAUCUACAACGAGAACAAAGAAUGUCCACUCUCCUCCUAGCGUUGGAAGUAAUUCUCCGGCUUCAGCGAGAAACUUCAAAAAGUUUUCAGGAAACGUUUUGACACGGGUCAACUCUGGUUUUCGCAGUUUAAGCGCUUCGAAUGCCUCUUCACCGGCUAGUAGUCACCAUACUUUUGAGGAGCGUCCACGUAUUGUUCACAGAAACUCUUCUAGAUUUGCACCUUGCGAAAGCAGAGAUUUCGAAUUUGGCCCUUCUUCGCUUUCUACGGCAAAACCAGACAUGAUUGCAGGCAAGAGGCGUACCAAUGCCCCAGCCCCAUUACAUUUGAGUCCAAUCACGCCCCGUCCCACACCCCACAAAGCUCAUAGCACCAGCUCGAAAGUGGCGCCUUUUUUGGCAUCACCUAUGGCCUUCAGAAGGUCAGACUGUUCGUCUUCAGACUGUGCUAGUUGGGUCACUGCAAGCUCGGUAGAUCCACGCAGGCGUCUCGAUUUCACUUCACAAGGUUCUCCUAACAGCCAUUGCACUUUUGAGCAACCGAUAUUCAAAGACCCUUGGAAUGAUUUAUAUCCCGAAGUAGAGUCCCCUACGUGUGCAGCAGAACUUCGAAAAAAUGUUGCUCUUCUUUCAGGAGGACCCAAGAACUUUGCUGCAAGCAGCUGCAGCAUCUGUGGCGAAAGCUUCACAUGUGCUCUAGAUGGGGAGAAGUUGAUCGAACUAUCCUGCAAUCACCAAUGCCACUACAACUGCUUUCUGGUAUCCCUAGAAGCACUUCUUCCUGCCAACACUUUACCCAGAUGCUCAAUUUGUGGUGGGCUUUCCAGCCCAAAGAGGAAAGAUGUCGUCAGCGAGAUGACGGCAAAAAUUCUUUGCGGAGGAUUUGGCUUGUGUGAUACAGGCGACAGUGGAAGCUUAUGCACCGCAAAUGACGUUAAAGCCCAGGUAAUCAGUCAGCCUGAUGACUCUCGAAAUCGCAAGAGUGCUCGAAUACAUGAUCUCAGGACACCUUACGAUCAAGUUAUCAAAAGUGCCGAAAUCACUAGCGAUGGUUUCAAGAAUUAUAGCGGUCUCGGUAUAUCGCCAAAACAUUUGCGUACACCUUCCAGUCGAACGAGCUCAUUUCAAUCAAGAAGUGUCGCGUCUAAAAGUGAUGGAUUUGAUUAUGAUUUGGAUCUCAGUAAACCACGCAUACACUUGGUACCGCAACUGUCGAAAUUCAACAUAAACGAGGAUGCUAACGUGGCCAAAGUUCAGUAUGUGAUGACAGCGUAUCUUCCCGAAUGCAGCAGCGUUAUCGAGUCUGCAAACUUGUUGAGGAACAAAGAGGUACGCAUUCGGAAUGAGAUACAAACUUACGUCAAAGAGACACUGCAGUUGUCAUUUUCGACCGGAUCCUUGGAGACUUUCGAUAAAAUGAGCUACUCUGAAGACGAGGACACAUGGGUUACUGUUACAGCUUUCAUGUUUCAAGAACGACUCGUACUUGUAGCCGAUGAGAGUCUCAUUGGGAAUGUUAGCAGAGACCAGAUUUCUCAGUUACACCAAUUGGACCCUAAUACAAUAAUCAUGAACCUGAAAUCCAAACUUUUGCCCGAGAUUUUUCUUCACUGUGAUGGUGAUCCUGCUGUCAUUCGUAAGUGGUUCUACUACCUGAAACGUGUUUUCUUGACACCAGAAGAACAAAGUUCAUCUAUUGUCCCACUUGAACAGCUUACAUCUAAUAAUUGGCAUUUUCUCCCCGAAUCAAUGAUCAUGCCAAUACGUCCAAAAUCGGUGGAAAGUUAUGAGGGUACAGAAGUAGGGCCACGUUCGAGCGUUUUCACUCCGCACGGCAGGUUGCCUCUCAAACUUGUUGUUUGCAUCAGUAUUAUAAACUGUCAUCCAGAGCUCCAUUCCAAUGAGGAACACCUACUCACACUAAAGACGAAGUUAAUGCAGUGCCUAGGUUGCCUUUCUGGACAAGAUGUAAUUGGGCUUGUUAUAGUAGGCAGAGAUGGUGCUGGCCGAGUUGGGCCGUUUGGGACUUUUAUUGGCAUGGUGAAAAAAGACUGGGAUGGUUUACUUGAUUUUGUUGAUGGCCUCAUGGUUCAUAGUAACGAAGAGUUUUUCGAAAAUGACACCUGUGAGUUGGCAGUGAUGCUUGAGACAUGCUACAAGCUAAUCUGCACGAUAGAGCAAAGCCAGGACCACGUUCAGCAGCUCGUUAUCAUUGGAAAUGAUUUUCCUGUGCGUUAUUACAGAAAGGAAGACGAUCCUCAGAUACGGAGAAUCAAGCGCAAGUUGGAAUCAAUUGUAAGUGAGUUACGGUAUUCGAUCCAUCAUUAUUUCACAUUCAACAGUCAGGUACUGUUGAGCGACAUUAUUGAAGGUCAAACUUACAAUGUUAUAUCAACUGGCUUUGAGGCCCUGAAAGACAUAUCAGUUAGUGACCUUAUAACAGGGCUUCACGAAAGUUUUGUAACGUCUCUAUCCGCAUGUCUACGAUGUGCGGAUAGUACUGUGGCCCAGUUUUGUGCUGCCGAACGUAAUGGCCGAUUGGUAGAGUUGGCUCGGCCUUCCGAUGAACUGACACUUGAAAUUGGGUGCCUCCGACCUGGACAGAUAAAAAGUGUUUUACUAGAAAUUCAACUCAAUGUAUCAAGUCUGCGACAGCAUCUUGGGCAUCACAUUUUGUCGCGCGCAGCAACCUCUUCCCUUCUCUAUUACACUUCUCAGUGGUAUGAUCAUUCUGGGCUUUCAAGUUUCCAAGGUAACUCUCUAGGAUGUGAUUUUAAGUUUACCUCUGGUCGAACGACAAUGCCUUCGACAUCUGCGAUGAGAGCCUCUGUGACUUCUUUGGGUUUCGAUUCCCAGGAGAGCGAACUUGAAACUCUAAACAUUCCUCUUGCGCCCCCAAUGUCAGCCUCCCGGGAUAUGGUUUUUGCUUCACGUCAAUUGGAACUACUUGUCGCUGAAACGCUGAUGAAUGUGAUGGUUGAACUCACUGUUGAUACAUGUACUGUUUUAAAUCAGCUUAUCUCCAUGAUAUUCUGUAUCAGUCGGGACUGUGUCUGUAAUGAUCCUGGGUUAUAUCGGCUUGUCAAACUUGAGCCUCUCGGUCAAUAUGCUGAAAAGUUAAGCUCACAAUUGCACUACAUAACGCAACUGUGCUCCAAUCAAAGCAGCAAUGAUCAGGCCUUGUCAAAGUGGGAGAUGUGUGCAAUGCGGGGUCGCUUGAUCUGUCAAGAAAGGCUGUGA